AUGCGUGCCCACAACCUAGCUUUGCUGGGCUUUGCGGCCCUAGGCAUUGCCGCUCCGCAAUUUGGGAUAGGUGAAGGCUCUGUUAUUCUGAUCCCAGGCGGCAACUCUCCUAGCAACCCUCCGAUUACGGUACCGGACAUACGGCCAGGAAAGCGUCAAUUGGUAACAAACGUAGGACGCCGCGAUGGAAAUCUUGAUGCACUCAGAGAUACCUACCUCACACUCCUUGAGCCCUACACCAAAGAAGCCAAGCCAUCUGUUGGCACAUACAUGAUAUUGCUACAUCUCGCCGACAUUCUUGCUGGCAAGGGUAUUGCAGUUGAUACCAUCGUGCUUGGCGAAGCCUCCACCAUCUUCGGCUCUUCUACAAAACGACAAAUCUUUGAGAUUGGCGGCUGCAAGGACUCUGAUGUUAUCGGUCUUCGCGCAACUUUGACGAGCCUGUUGCUCAUUUAUGGAAACAGACCUCCUUUCGAGAUCUGGAACUUGGAGCAAGCCAUCAUCGCAGCCCUCAAAGCAUGUGGUCAAGACAUCGGUGUCGGUCCCAUCAUCCCCGACCAACCAAUUCCGGGUGGUCCGCUUAUCCCCGACAAGCCUGCGCCCGGUGGCCCGAUUAUCCCAGACCAGCCGGUUCCGGGUGGGCCCAUCGUCACUCAAUCUCCGGUCCCCGGAGGUCCGAUCACCCCCAGCGACUAG